AUGAAAACAACUCCAAGUAUGUCAAUUGGUGCUACUCCUAUUCUCCUUAUACUUGAAGCAAUCAAACACCAAUGCAAUUGUAGUGCCAUCAAUCGUAGUAGAAGGCACCUGAGAAUGGUUGGAAACCAUUUUAUUUCUCGCCAUCUAUAUGCUGAUUAUCUGGUAAAUAAUCGCCACCAACAUCUUUUUCUUCUUCGGAAAGUUACCCCAAAAAGCAACAUAAGCCAUCAUUUCACGGACCGAGAAGAAGGAUCUUUGAGGUUAAUCAAUAAAGUUGUGGUGGUAACUGGUGGAGCGAGAGGAAUCGGAGGUGCCACGGCCAAGUUAAUGGCGGAGAACGGUGCACAUGUAGUUAUUGCAGAUAUUUUGGAUGAAUUAGGAAUAAAUCUUGCUAAUUCAAUCAAUGGUCGUUAUGUUCAUUGUGACGUCUCAGUCGAAUCUGAUGUAGAGGCUGCAAUUCAAUUUGCUAUAACUUGGAAAGGGAAAAUCGAUAUUUUAUACAAUAAUGCUGGCAUCGGGGAUAUCGGAGGAAGUAUCACCACUAUCGACAUGAAAAGGGUUUCAAAAAUAGUCGGAGUAAAUGUGAAUGGUGUUGUACAUGGGAUCAAGCAUGCUGCACGGGCAAUGAUCAAAGCAGGUACAUGUGGUUCUAUUAUAAACUCGUCAAGUACUGCUGCAAUAAUGGGAGGCCUUGGAUCACAUGCCUACACGUUAACAAAAGAGGCGAUUCUAGGAGUAACAAGAAGCUCAUCAUGCGAGUUAGGUUUGUAUGGGAUUCGUGUCAAUUGUGUUUUACCUCAUGGAGUGUUAUCAGAGAUGCUCGUGGAUGCAUAUCGUGGUUUCAAAAAAGAUGCAACAGUUGAAGAAGUGCAACAAUCUGUAAGUGAGACUGCAAGUUUAUUAAAAGGACGAUGUGGAAUGGUUGAAGAUAUUGCCCAUGCUGUGUUGUUUUUAGCUACUGAUGAGUCUGGAUUUAUAACUGGUCAUAAUCUUGUUAUCGACGGUGGCUAUACCACUUCGUCCGUCAAAAUGAGUUUCAUAUAUCGUGAUAAACAACCAGAGUCAAAUAAAAGUAGCUAG